AAUCUACCAGCACAGGUUUAAAUACUGUGAUGUCAGUCACUGCAGUAACAAAAACACAACACUGUUCCAGUGAAGGAGGCGUGGCCUGUGUGGGUCAGGCACAGUGAAGGAGGCGUGGCCUCUGUCUGUCAGUCAUAUUAAAGGAGGUGUGGCCUCUGUAUCUGUUAGUCACAUUAAUGGAGGCGUGGCCUGUUUAUUUUAGUCACAAUAAAGGAGGUGUGGCCUAUGUAUUUUAGUCACAGCGAAGGAGGUGUCGCCUCUGUGUCUGUUAGUCAGAGUGAAGGAGGUGUGGCCUGUGUGUCUGUCAGUCAGAGUGAAGGAGGUGUGGCCUGUGUGUCUGUCAGUCAGAGUGAAGGAGGUGUGGCCUGUGUGUCUGUUAGUCAGAGUGAAGGAGGUGUGGCCUGUGUGUCUGUUAGUCAGAGUGAAGGAGGUGUGGCCUGUGUGUCUGUUAGUCAGAAUGAAGGUGGUGUGGCCUGUGUGUCUGUUAGUCAGAGUGAAGGAGGUGUGGCCUGUGUGUCUGUUAGUCAGAGUGAAGGAGGUGUGGCCUGUGUGUCUGUUAGUCAGAGUGAAGGAGGUGUGGCCUGUGUGUCUGUCAGUCAGAGUGAAGGAGGUGUGGCCUGUGUGUCUGUUAGUCAGAGUGAAGGAGGUGUGGCCUGUGUGUCUGUUAGUCAGAGUGAAGGAGGUGUGGCCUGUGUGUCUGUUAGUCACAGUGAAGGAGGUGUGGCCUGUUUGUCUGUUAGUCACAGUGAAGGAGGUGUGGCCUGUGUGCCUUUUAGUCACAGUGAAGGAGGUGUGGCCUGUGUGUCUGUUAGUCAGAGUGAAGGAGGUGUGGCCUGUGUGUCUGUUAGUCACAGUGAAGGAGGUGUGGCCUGUGUGUCUGUUAGUCACAGUGAAGGAGGCGUGGCCUCUGUACACAUCCACUUCAGUAAUAGAAUAUUAGGUCUGUUCUUGUAUUAGACCAAUAAACCACUACAAAAAGGAGGUUUAAUUAUAAAAUAAUGUUUAUGUGCAUUUUGGCAUACGUCAAAAUAUAAAAAUAUAAAAUGUAAAUUUAGUCAAAAAUUGAGAAAAGCCAUGAAAAGAAAAAUACGA